AUGAAAGCAGUCAAAAACAAAGAUUUUCGUCGAGUUUUCACUACCUUUCCACAAGUAGUUUCAAUUACUGUCAAACCUCCAAUAAUAGAUGACCUCAAAGAGUGGAUCGAUCAAAGUCGUGCCCGACCUCGUCUGGUUGGUUUUCUUGCCAAUAAAGACCAAUCCGCCAUUACAUAUGCCAAAUGGACACAACGAAGCUGUGAGGAAAUUGGAAUAAAAUUUGAAUUGAGACAAGUGGAAAGAGAAGAUUUGGAAGAAGGUAUUAUUGAAGCCAAUGAGGAUCGUCGUGUUGAUGGUGUCAUGGUUUAUUAUCCUGUGUUUGGUGGUGGUCACGAUCAGUAUAUUCAAAAUUGUGUCUCACCUUUCAAAGAUGUUGAAGGUCUUUGUCAUAAUAUACUCAAUCAUUUCUUAACCGAUCCUUGGUGUCUAUAA